AUGGCGUUACGGAACCAGCCAUUAAAAAGCCAGAAACAAAAGAUCAGCGUUUGGCAACGUGAUUACGAAAAAAAACCAACUUACAUGGAAGUGUCAUUAAAAGCUCCACCAGUAAGCAGGGAUAAGGAAGAUGAGGGGAAACCAUACUUUGUUGACAUUCCAUCACCGGACCAGUUUGUUAACUGCAAAAUACAUUCGACAUGUGUGGUAGCAUUAUAUGUCAAAUCAACGAUCAAGGUGGUAGAUGUACACGUGACUGAAAGUUACAUUGAUCGAUAUCAGUUGGGUCCAAUACAGAUCGUGAUACAUAAAGGUGAAACAGUGUACCAAACGGAUCUUUCAUUUGAACACUCACUGCAUGGGAAGGAACAGAUCUGCUUUGUGGCAAAGAAUAAAAAUGGAGUUGAAAGUGAGAAUGUUUGCAUACAGAGUAAAAUUGAACCUCCAAAUCCGUGUGUAUCUGCGCCAUGCUUGAAUUCAGCUACCUGUGUAAUGGAAACAGAUACAGGAGGAUUCACUUGUCGCUGUCUGUCUGGAUUUUCGGGCAAAACAUGUCAAAUUAGUUAUUAG